AUGUUGUCUUUACAAAUUUUCUCAAUUGCAUUUCUUAUCGAAGUUAGCCUCUGUGCGAAUUUUCAACGAAGACAAUCGAAUGACGAAAAUCAAUUAAGGUAUGCAGUAGGUUUAGCAGAACCAUUCGAAAGCACACUAGAAUGGGAUUAUGAUGAGAAUGAUGAAACGCAACUGAUUCUUCUCUGGAACAUUACGAUUCCAACGGGCCAAAGUGGUUUAUUUGCAUUCUCAACUCACGAUUUAAAUACGAAUUACUUAGACAUGAUCAUUUUUGGUAGUGAUGAAAAACUUUACAGUGCAUUUAGUGAUGAAAAUAGUUUGUUAACACUCGACGGGAGCGCACCGAAAUUAAACUAUGUCAUACGAAAUCGUGUCAAGAUUGACGGUGGACGGAAAAAGAAAUAUUCCAUACAAAUUACUCGACCGCUAGAUACAUGCGAUCAGCAGCAUCGAAACUACAUUAUCGACCAUGGUACAACACAUAUAUUAACAGGCUUAAUGAGCAGCGAAGAUUUUCAAAAUGGUAAACAAAGAAAACCUAUUGAAGUUACUGUUGAACGCAUGAAAUUAACAUUACAGCGUGUACAACUACUUAAAAGUCAAGUUGUCUACAAACCGGUGGCAGAUAGUGAACCACAUCUUGAUUUUCUCAAUCAGAACGUUCAUAUUCCAAGCGAUGAAACAACUUACUGGUGUACACGAUUUGAAUUACCACGAAAUGUUAUGGCAAAACCACAUCACAUCAUUCGUUUCGAUGGUGUUAUUUCACCACAGAGCGAAGGGAUUGUUCAUCAUAUGGAAUUAUUUCAUUGUGACGUCGAUCCGAGCGUGAAAAUUCCAGCAUUCAAUGACAGAUGUACAAGUGAACAAAAACCAAUGGGUUUAACACCAUGUCGACGUGUCAUUGGUGCAUGGGCAAUGGGUGCAGAGAACUUCACUUAUCCCGACGAAGCUGGUGGAGUGAUUGGCGGUCCGAAAUCCUCACGUUUUCUUGUCCUUGAAGUACAUUUCAAUAAUCCUUAUCUCAAGAAAGGCAUUAUCGAUCAGUCCGGUAUACGAAUUUACUACACUCCACAAUUACGAAAAUACGAUGCCGGAAUUAUGGAGGUCGGCCUGGAAUACAAUCCGAAGAACUCCAUUCCACCAGGUGCGUCAUCCUUUCGUAUAUCUGGCUACUGUGCUAGUGAAUGUACAAAGGCAACAUUGCCACGCAAAGGUAUAACAGUAUUUGCUUCACAAUUACACACACAUCAAAACGGUGUCCAAACAUUUACUCGUCUGGUUAAGAAAUCCGGAGAGAUCGAGACCUUGAACGUCGAUCGACAUUACAGUCCGCAUUUCCAAGAGAUUCGCAUUUUGCCUAAAUCGAUUCAAAUUGAACGAGGUGAUACAAUCUUACACACAUGUAUUUACAACACAGAAAUUCGAACAAACAUGACAUUUGGGGGAUACGGAAUUAGCGAUGAAAUGUGUGUUAAUUAUAUGCACUAUUAUCCGCGCAGUGAGCUUGAACUAUGUAAAACGAGUGUACGUGACGACGAACUAGACAAAUUCUUCGAAACUAUGAAACAAUAUGAUUUUGCAAAGACAAGUAAAGACAAAACGGUGUUUGAAAAUUAUUGGUCAAUACGUUGGACACCCUUAACUACAUCGAUACUCGAAACAUUCUACGAAUUAGCCCCAUUUCAUUUAUCAUGUAAUGGUUCUGAUGGGAAUUACUCACCGAAUUUCGACUGGAGACGUGAAUAUAUUCCUCAAGAGCCCAAGGAACGUGAUGUUCCAUUUGAUACUGCGUCAAAAUGCAUCGAAUUACAAUAA